AUGGACAUAGAAAAGAGAAAUUCUCUGUUGACCGAGGGCUCGGCACUGCCGUGUACUUGGAGGGGAGAUGCCGGAGAAGGCAAACGAGAGGGAGAGCAGACUCAGAUCGACCCACCCGCACAAACGACACCCUUUCUAAGCUUUGUUUCUACUUUUGAUCGACUCACGACCACUACUGUAUCCAGUGAUUAUCAGAUGAUUGACGAUUCGACUAGUGGUGGAGCGUGGAAUGAAGGAAACUCGUCAAACGAUUCACACAAUAAAAUGCCCGCUGGAGCUCUUACCGUAUUGGUAAUAGCGGCUGUAGCGAUCACCUCCGUUAUCGUAACUCUUGUGUGCAUGUUGGCGAACAGUCGACGAACGCGCCGAACGCAGACACGAAUACAACAGUCAACAUGCCAAUCUCAAAAUCCGUCUACCGUUCUCCAAGCACCAACAGUUGUCGUAGUGGAUCGAGUAUCGAAUCUCCCACCCCCAUUGCCUCCGAUAUACACAAGAGAUACGCAAGGCCCAAAAUAUUUCGAUGCUCCUCCCUCGUAUGACGAGGCUGUUAACACACCAAUUCACUCACCGAUCACUCCCUCGCCGAGAGAUCAAAUUCCGGACACAACUCCAUCCACAGUCACUUCAGUUCAAGACACCAACUCUCUCAGACCACGAGCCAGACUAGAAAAUGGUCCGACGGAGAUUCACAUGACCGAAAUUGAGUUAUCU